AUGGAAAACUCUACUUCUCUGAAGCAAGAAAAAGGAAACCAAGAGCCAGAGAAAGCAGAGCAGCCAUGGGAAGGAGCGUCAGCAGCCGCUCCCCAGGAUCCUGGUCCCUCGUCACCUGAGUACCGGGAAGAGAAGCAAAAGUCAGACACUGAACCCCAAUACAGAAUGAGCCCCUCUUGGGGCCGCCAGUCUGGAGCCAGCCCGUCUCUGGAAGACCUCACCGGACCAGGAUUGCGGUCCUCUCCUCCUCUGCUUCCUCCGGAGUCUCACUCCAUUCCUUUCCUGACCGCACCUACACAGGACCCUGUAACUUCAUCACAGGCAGGGAGGGUCCCGAGUGGGAUUCUUGACGACGCUGCGACACCUCAUUCUGAUCCUUGGGAACCAUAUUCCGCUGCAAGUCUAUUAACUUCUCACUACACGAGCCUAGCAGAGGGAAGCACCUUCCCACGGUCUCCGCCACCCCAGCCUGACCUGUGUGGGCCAGGGGAUGCCAGCCGUAACAAGUCCAAGCCCAGCGGGCUGAGAUAUGACCUUCUGCAGGAGGAAGAUUCAAACAGUAACUGUGACCCAGACCAGCCCGAGUUUAGGGCCGAUGAAGCAGCCCCCAGCAUGCUUGAGGUGGCCAUUCAGAAUGCAAAGGCAUACCUACUGAGUACCAGCAGCAAGUCUGGUUUAAACCUAUAUGAUCAUCUUUCUAAUGUGUUGACCAUGAUAUUAGACGAGCGUCCUGCAGAUGCUGUUGACAUCAUUGAAAAUAUAAGCAAAGAUGUAAAGGUGGCCCAUUUUAAUAAAAAAUUAGAUACACUCCACAAUGAAAAUGAGAUGCUUCCAGCAUAUGAAAUAGCAGAGAAGCAGAAGGCUCUUUUUCUUCAGGGACAGUUGGAAGGAAUUGAUCCAGAACUGGAGGAGGAAAUCGCAGAAAGCUCUCUGCCCAAUGUGAUGGAGUCAGCGUAUUAUUUUGAACAAGCUGGAGUUGGUUUGGGGACAGAUGAGACUUAUCGGGUGUUUCUUGCCCUCAAGCAACUCACUGACACACACCCAAUCCAAAGAUGCCGCUUCUGGGGCAAGAUCUUGGGUCUGGAAAUGAAUUACAUUGUCGCUGAAGUGGAAUUCCGCGAUGGUGAAGAUGAAGAGGAGGUGGAAGAGGAAGGCGUAGCUGAGGAGAGGGAUGACGGAGAAAGUGAAGCCGGGGAAGGUGAGGAGGAUGAAUUACCAAAGCCCUUGUAUAAGGCCCCACAGGCUGUCCCUAAGGAAGACAGUCGAACAGGUACAAACAAGUACGUCUAUUUUGUUUGCAAUGAGCCUGGAAGCCCGUGGGUGAAGUUACCAUCAGUUACGCCUGCACAAAUUGUUACUGCAAGAAAAAUCAAGAAAUUUUUCACUGGGCGUCUAGAUGCGGCCAUCAUAAGCUACCCACCCUUCCCAGGAAAUGAAAGCAAUUACUUAAGAGCGCAAAUUGCCCGCAUUUCAGCAGCGACCCAUGUCAGCCCUCUAGGAUUCUAUCAGUUUGGUGAAGAGGAAGGAGAAGAGGAAGAGGUGGAAGGUGGUCGAGACAGCUAUGAGGAAAACCCUGAUUUUGAGGGCAUCCAAGUGGUUGACCUGGUGGAAUCUCUAUCCAAUUGGGUUCAUCAUGUGCAGUACAUUCUUCCUCAGGGUCGCUGUACUUGGUUCAAUCCUAUACAAAAAAACGAGGAAGAGGAAGAGGAAGAAGAUGAAGAAAAAGGAGAGGAGCCUGACUACAUAGAACAGGAAGUGGGGCCUCCUCUUUUGACACCAAUCUCUGAAGAUUUAGAUAUUCAAAAUAUACCCUCUUGGACAUCACGGCUGUCCUCGAAUCUCAUUCCGCAGUAUGCAAUUGCUGUCCUUCGAUCCAAUCUUUGGCCUGGAGCAUAUGCCUUUUCCAAUGGCAAGAAGUUUGAAAACUUCUACAUCGGCUGGGGUCAUAAGUAUAGUGUGGAGGAUUACACGCCCCCAGGCCUACCACCAGUCUAUCAAGAGUAUCCCAGUGGACCAGAAAUUACAGAAAUGGAUGAUCCCAGUGUGGAUGAGGAGCAGGCUUUCAGGAUUACACAAGAGGCCGUGGUCAAUUCAGCUGAGGAGAGUGAAGGAACUGAGGAUGAAGAUGAGGAUGAUGAUGAUGAUGACUAGCACAAAAUCAACUCAGUCUUAUGUGGCACUCACACACACACACACACACACA